GUUUCAACUAUAUUACAAACCCCCACAAAAGCUCACACUGCGAAUCCAGAGAUAAUCUGCACGAAGGAAGCAAACAAGAAAUGACAACCUAUGCGAUCUACCUCAUUGUCGAAAGCGGCUUCCCGCGCGACCACCAUGCCCUCUUCGUCGAGACUCACGAGAACGGCUCCUCCACCGGGCACAUCUACCACGUCAAAGGGAACAUACAGGAAGGCAUGAUCUUCGAGCACCGGACUGAGCAGCCGCCGGAGGAGAUGCCAGGGUUUUGUGGCAAGGAGAAGCUGGGUACAGUGGCGAUUGCAGAGUAUGGGUGCGUCUUACGGAGUUGUGAGGGCGUGCCAGUGCCCAAGAAGCAGUUUCACGGGGCGAGGAGGUUGUAUCCGCGGGAGCCGUUGAGACGGUGUCAGGAGUGGGUUGCUGAGGCCGUCAAUGCUUUGAAGGGGGAGGGGGUUUUGGUGGAGAGUGAGGAGUAGUAGCUUCGAGCUGGCGUCUUUACACGGGUAGAGAGGGGAGGGGUGGGGAUCUGCU